AUGGUGGUUCUAUCCAGGUUGUUCACUGCUUAUCAGGAUCUUAAUCUUUUCAAAUGGGUGAAGGUAGCUCGAACUGCCCCAAAACUUUCUCAUCUUCUGUUUGCCGAUGAUAUCUUUAUUUUUUGUAGAGUCACUUCUGAGGACCUUCUGACAAUUAAGGCCAUUUUGGACAUUUUUUCAGAUUUACCAGGUCAAGGAAUUAAUUUUUCUAGGAGUGGUGUUCAUUUUAGUAGGAUUGUUUCAUCAUUGGACAAGGCUAACUUGUGUUCGGUUUUAGGCAUUAAGAAAAUGUCUAAGGACGCCAUCUAUUUGGGUACUAACCUUUUCCAUGGUAGGUCCAAAGUUAAGGAGCUUGGCAGUGUGGUGCAAAGGAUUCAGAACAAGCUAUCAUCUUGGAAAUCUAAGUUCCUUUCGUUUGCAGGACGCUCUGUUUUAAUCAAAUCGAUUUUAGCUUCUACUCCUGCUUAUCUUAUGAACUGUUUUGAGUUUCCCCUUAAGAUUUGUCAAUCCAUUGAUUCUAUUUGUCUUAAUUUCUGGCUUGGCAACUAUGGGGCUCAGAAAAAACCUGUUUUUAUUGCCUAG